UUUCAAGGUUGAGUUGGUCGGAGCGGCCUCUCAGAGGCUAUAUCCACGUUCAGUUGUGUAAACGGACUGAGCAUUUCUUUGGUUCGUUUAGAAUGCUGGGUUAUAAUAACUCUUCAGAUUUUCAGAAGAUCGGCCUAGGUUUGCUUGCUUUUGGAGUGGGUUUUCUUUGUCUUGGUGUUCUAUUUUUCUUCGACGGUGCUCUAUUGGCUCUAGGUAAUGUUCUUUUCUUAGGCGGAAUAGGAUGUCUUAUUGGAUUGCAGAAGGCUUGCACAUUCUUUUUUCGCCGUACGAGUUUGAAAGGAGCAGUUUUCUUCUUCGGGGGCAUAUCCGUUGUCCUCUUUGGCUUCCCUUUCAUAGGAAUGCUGUUGGAAAUUUAUGGAAUGAUAAAUUUAUUCAGGUAAUAGUGCGGGAAAUAAUCUCGAAGUUUAAAUUUAUCCCAGUGGCAAUCAAAUUUUUGUAUGGUGUUCCUGUAAUCGGUUGGAUCUUAUGGCUUCCCGGGAUUAACGGAUUUGUACGCAGACUCAGUCAAUCGAAUUCAAUGGUAUGAUUCAUGCAAGAUGGAACUUCAUGUAGAUUAUGUUUACCUUAUUGAUGGAACAAUAUAAUAAUGUCGUGAAAACAGGUUUAACUCUCUUUGUACAUGUUUUAACUUAACGUUGAAAAUAUGUAAACAAUUUCCACGCUUUCUAUACUGUAUAUGUCUUUAAGUCGUGUUUUUUUUCGAAGAAAAAGCUGUUAUACGUACAACCAUUUAAAAGUGAUCCUAUUUAUCCUUUCAGAUGUUUAUCUCCAUACUUCUAAUAUUGUGUACUAUGUGAUUGAAAUUUUGUCCUACAUCAAUCCGUUUCGUUUUCACUAUUUAAAUUAGUAUUUGAAGUAAUAAGUUUUAAGUUAAUGUUGAUUAAUAAACUAACAUUUUCUCUAAUGA